AUGCCAAGGACGAUCACGUUCGACAUUCCAUCGCACUACAAGCUGGUGGACCUGAUUGGCGAGGGCGCUUAUGGGAUCGUAUGCUCUGCCAUCCACAAGCCGACGGGGACGAAGGUCGCCAUUAAGAAGAUCCAGCCGUUCACGAGGCCCAUGUUCGUAACGCGGACACUGCGGGAGCUGAAGCUGCUGAAGUUCUUCCACAGCCAUGAGAACAUUAUCUCGGUGCUGGACAUCGUGCGGCCCACGUCGUACCAGGACUUCGAGGCGGUAUACCUGGUGCAGGAGCUGAUGGAGACGGACCUGCAGCGGAUUAUCUCACAGCCGAACAGCUUCCUGUCGGACGACCACAUACAGUACUUUACGUACCAGAUCCUUCGCGCAUUGAAGUCGCUUCACUCUGCCCAGGUGAUACAUCGCGACCUGAAGCCGUCGAACCUGCUGCUGAAUUCCAGCUGUGACCUGAAGCUGUGUGAUUUUGGGCUCUCGCGCUGCCUUGCCUCGAGUGACCGCUCGCGCGAGAACAUGGUGGGCUUCAUGACCGAGUAUGUGGCGACGCGUUGGUACCGUGCGCCCGAAAUCAUGCUUUCGUUCCAGGAGUACACGACCGCGAUGGACAUCUGGUCCUGUGGCUGCAUUCUUGCGGAGAUGAUCAGCGGGAAGCCGCUGUUCCCGGGGCGCGACUACCAUCACCAGCUGUGGAUUAUCCUGGAGAUCCUCGGCACCCCUUCCUUCGAGGACUUUGAGCAGAUCAAGAGCAAGCGAGCAAAGGCCUACAUCGCGAAUCUGCCCAUGCGGCCGAAGAUCCCCUGGAACGUGGCGCUCAGCACAAACGACAUCAACCCCCUCGCCAUGGACCUCCUGGAUAAAAUGCUCACAUUCAACCCUGACAAGCGCAUCAGUGCCGCGGACGCAUUGAAGCAUCCUUACCUUGAGACCUACCACGACGCGGAGGACGAGCCCGACUACGAGCUGCUUAACCUCCAGGAUAACUUCUGGAAGGUCGAUAACGAAGCCCGCCAGAAGACAGAAGAGGAGGAGCUGUCCAUGGAUACACUCAAGGCGAUGCUUUACGAGGAGGUUAUGAAACCGUUGCAGUGA